GUAAUUCUUGCCACUGACUUAAGAGAGGCUAGUUUGUUUCAAAAGAGGUUGGUUUAUUGUUACCUAUGUUCGGAAGUCUAGUGGUUUGUGUUAAGUGGUAAUUACUAGCCUGUAUAAUUUGCACGUCCUAUAAAUUGUUGCAAUAAGAUUGACAGAAUGCUAUCUCACCAACUAAACACAACGUAAGUGUUUCUAAAAAACCUAGGAGUAAAUUAUUAUUAGUUGCUAAUAUGUCUGCAACAAAUCACAUCUGAGAUUCCUCGUGUAGUUACGGUCUGUCAGUGUUAGCGAGAUGGAUCCUUGACGGGAAUUUAAUUCGCGUCCAAAUACAAUACAUUCUUGACAUAGGUCACUCAAAAAAGUAUUUGGGUAUUCGAAUGCCACAAGUAAUGUCCUUCAGUGGGUUUCACUGGAAUUAGACGGUUCCGUGUAAAAGUCUCAUUGUAACCAUAUCAAUUAGUAAAUUCUGAGGUCUAUGUUGGACUCAAUUGUGUAAUCAAAUUUAAUUACCUAUGGUCUCACAAAUUGGCACAAGUCUUUGUUCACCUCUGUGUUUCUGCUUCCAGCUGGUUAUUCUUCCUGACCUCUUUGUUUUUGAACAUGUAGCGAAAUGUUGAAAACGUCUGACAUAAUUGGAGCUAACAAAUGUAUGAAAGAUUAGGUUAUCAGGCGUCCGUUCAUUGGUUCGGAAGGUUUUUCGUCAACUUUUAUCAGUUGUUUGUACUAAGGGCUAGGUAAACAAUAUUAGUUGGUACUCAGUAGCCAUUCAGUGUUUAAAAGCUGAUUUGGUACUUUCCAUCUACUCCAGGUUACAGCAGUUUGUCGGUUUUGAAGCCAAGAUGUAGUUUUGAAAAAAUAAUGUCCGUAGACCACAUGAUCAGUAGUAAUGGUCUUUUCACAAUCAUUCUUGUGAUGUAAUUUUAGAGAGGGUACUAUUAAAUGUAGAUGGUGUUGGUACGUAGGUCAAUGUAGAGUAAGGCAACUUAUGUUUCACUUCCGAAGCCAAAAAAAUGAAUGAUUACUCACAAUUUGCUACUAGCUUAAAUCUUUUGUAUCCUCCAAGCAUUGAAAUCCUAAUUUGUACACUUUAUCAUUGUUCAUUAUUCUUGAUUAGUUACUACUGUUCUAUUUCAUUACAAAGCGUUUCAUACAUUAAGUUGCUAAAAGCAAUUCCUCUCGAAACGAGUUAAUAUUGUGUUGAAGUAUUAGAAGAGGGAAAAUAACAAUAAUGGGAUGUAUUCCAGAUAUUUAAUGUAGAGACAUAACGAUGGCCGAAUUUGUUUUGAUCGGAGUGGAGGUCAUAGGAUUGGUAACGUAUUCAAUACAAACCACGGCAUAAUCAAAACCUUUAUCCCUAACCACGUCUGACAAUACCUCAAGACCUUUUUACUAUCCCUUAGGCACCAUCCAGUGAGUCUGUGACGAAUACGAGUACCUUGAGACUGCACUUCAUUCCACGACUAUAUGUGGCAGGUUAAAGAUUUGGCUUUUCUCCGUUUAAUAAGAGGGAGAGAGGCAAGAUGCUUAAUUCGUAUGUCGCGGCUUAGGAAUAUCGUAUAUACGAGUUCAUUAAACACUGCUGAUAUUCGUUGAUUUGGAUCGAGAUACUGAUGUAUCACAGCCCACACACAAAUCAAGUGACUUGUGUGGCGCAUAUGUAUUUGGUUCCCCUUGGUACCAAUAUUUUUGUUUUAAUAAAUAAAUACGCAUCAGUACUUAGGCGAAGAUUCGGUAAUUUCGCAAGCCCUUCAAUGGAUAGAUCGUCGGACUUCUUAAACACUGAGGUGGACCAUUAUUUUGACUGUAGAUUUAUCAGUGUGGUUUUUCUAUUGACCCGUUUUUCAACAUUGCAGUUCCCUGUUGAUGUGUCUCCAUCCUGUAGUCAGUUUCUGAAUAUUUGAAACCAUGUCAUCACCUAUAUCACCGCUUUCCUUUUUUAUAUCUGUAGUUUAUUUGCUUCCAUGUGCUAUUAUGGCGGACGGUGAUAAACCAUUCGUGGAGUUGUUUUUAAAAGCAGCCCUAUCAGAUCGGAAAGAAAAAGGAGCCUGUUUAAUCAGCCAACAGUGGCUCAUGACUUUAUGUUGUCUUGUUGAGAAAGGUUACAUAAAGCUACAGGUUACUCCUAUGACUAUGGAUUUGCAACCUGCCAGUUAUGUGCGACUAAAUGCUGCUCGACAUCUCCCUAUUUCAUGGAUCAAAUCAGGAACUAUAGAUGGCGAGGAUGCCAGUGGACUCGUUAUCUCUUCUACGGAAUCACUAGAAACACUGUUAAUAAAGUUAGGUUGUCCUAAUCUCAAUCGCAACUUAAAGGCGUCUGAUGUCAGAGCAGCUGAGAAAGUUUUUGAAGAUUUGUAUAGCAGUUUAAUGCAGUACAUAAUGUACGAUGAUAAAACGUCUCUUUAUACAGUAUUAUCCAGCUUAAAUAGUUACUUGGCGUCUGCGGCAAAGCCUUAUGCUAUGGGUGAUGAGAUAUCCUAUGUUGAUUGUCAAUUGGCACCCAAAUUACAGCAUGUCCGUGUUGCAGGCAGAGCAUACCAUAAUUUCGAUAUUCCUCUUGAUAUGAAUCACAUAUGGAUUUAUCUUCGGAAUAUUUAUGGCCUAAAUUCGUUUAAAGAUUCUUGCCCAGCAACUCGAGACAUAUUGAUGCAUUACGAUUUAAAAAAGCGGCUCCCAAAGGAAAUUCGUCCCAGUCUUACGGGAUCAGAUAUUCUUUUAGAUAUCCCAGAGGAGUUUCGGUUACCGUCAUCAAAUGGAGAUCACUAUUAAACUUCUUUCAAGCUUCUGAGUUUCGUUUGUGAUUAAGAGAACGUUUACAAAAGGCAUCUAUUUCGUGUUUUAUAUUUUUCCAACAUAUUUUAGCCCUGUGUUCAUUUUAGCGUCCUUUUUACACCAUUUGCUGAUCCCUAGGGUGCUGCAUUUGGUUUUCCUUAUUAUUAAUAUUUCUUUAUCCAAUUAGUAAAUGCCAUACUUUUUUAAGUUUUCAAGUUGUAUUGUUCUUGUACAUCUGGAUUGGUAUUCUCAGAUUUACUACUUUAUUUGCAAAAUUCUGUUCACUAACCACUUGUAUUGAAUACAAUUUUUUAACUACAGAUACGUUUUGAGACAUUUUAGAAGGGAUUUAAAAGCAUGAGUUAAACAAUACACAAAGCUAUAGUUAAGCACGUUCGUUAUUUUCAUUGAAAUAAUUCACAUUUUUUACUGAUCUGUUUACCAGUCGAUUACUUCUCAGUGUUUGAUACGACUGUUCUAUCCGGUUAAUUCGUAUUUAGAUGGCAAAUAACAUUUGUUGUCUUUCAAAUAUGGUAGGAGUGUAGUUUUUAUGUUAAGAUUAUAAUAAAAGGAACAUAAUAUGUGCUUGUUGGGUUGAACGAGCUUUCCUAAGAGUGCGUCACCGCCAAAUUUAGUUGGGUUGAUACGUCACUCUUUACUUGAAAAGGAAACACGUCAAAUUCUUUACGCUUUCAGGAUCAUUUAGCUGGUUGCUAGUACGUGGUUUGUUUUCUAAUGUACAGCUACACCAAAUUAACGUGAAGCAAGCUUAAUACGUGACGGUUGAUAUUAUUAAUUAAUAGAGCAAUAACUUAGUGGUUACGGCGUUUGAAGUCCAGUCACUAAGUCCCAUGUGCGAACCCGCCCAGUCUAUUUUGGUUUAUGUAACCUGGUAAUAUCACGCUGAUACACUCUGCGGCUGAUAUUUAAGUACUUAGUGAAUGAGUUACUUGAAUUAAAGCUAAGUAUUCAGAUUACCAUAACGACCACUGGUACACCUCUACCACACUAAACUGUAGCGUUGUUCUCUCGAACCUUCAACUGAUUUACAACAAUUAGGAUGAUCUAAUGGGGGUUUUGACUCAGCACCCUUCGUCAUAUUUCCAAAUACACUGUCAUCGCUGAUGCAUAGAAACAUAAGCGUAUGAUCUCUUUUAUAUGGGGGAUUAUUAAUGUUGUAUGCAAGCAAUGGAUGUUGGCUCCACUGUGAUGUGUAUGUCUUCCAUCUUCGUAUCUCUACAGCAUGGAUUGCAACAGUUUUUCUUAUUUAGGUGGAGUUUAGUUUUCUGUUGAACAACAGCCGAUGACGUUUGUAUUGUCCUGAACAAAAUUGGAACUAUACUGCUGUUAAGAAUCUGCAAUAUAUAUGAGCCUGUGGUUGCUGCGAUUUUUCCUCGUAGUACUCGUUAUUACGUUCUCAUGAGCUUUUUUCAGGAAUUUAUCUUCAGACUACAACACUUCUCAACUAAGAUUUUGCUUACUGUUGAAUACAAGAAUCGUUGUUAGUCUAAACAUCAGUUACUUACGGGUGGUUGAUCGGGUUCUGAUUGACAUUAAAUUAAAUAACAUAAGCUUCCUAAUUUAUCGACUUAUCUCUUUCUUUCACCAAGCGGAUCCUACCAUGUAAAUGGUUUCAGGAUAUUUGAAUCCUUCUUGUUCAUGAUAAAAUUUCAGAACCGUGGUGUUGCAUAUAUGAGUUGUCUGCCUACUUCAGUUUAUUUUGUUGGUAACGUAAGAGUAAGUUCUAAAAUCUGUGUGGCCAAAUGAAACCACGACAGUAAUUCUUGAAGUUACUACAUAUUUAACGGAUAGGUAGGCCCAGAUUUCAUAAUUGGGUGUAGCACUUUAAUCGUAGUUGAUGAAUGACUCAGAAUAAGUUCCAACAGCGUAUAGCGACCAGUUUUUAGACGUCAUUAGAUUUUGAGGCAUCAUGACCAUUCAUUGCUCGAUUUCUUGUAUCCGUAACGGCCUAUGUUGUGUAUUCAAUUAUUCUUAUAUAAUUGAAAUAUUAUUUCGUAGAGUGGAUUAGUUUUCGUUCUAACCUCAGUGAAGCUUUCGUUUAUUGCGUCCAAAUGUAUUUAUAGCAUUUGGAAAGAUAAGAAAAAUGAAGAAUGCUAAGCUAAAAGAUGAUAAAUGGUUAUCUUUAAUACCGUAAAGCUAAAAUGUGAUCGAUCUAAAUAAAAUUUAUUGGUUACUGUGAAAGUUUAAGAGUGAUGCAUGAUUUUAAUUGUUAGUUCUACGAAAAGCCAUGUCCAUUAAGGACAGUGAUGUAAAUGUUAGGAUUCUUUAGUAACUUGAAUAAAGAAACAAUCUGUCGCAAUUUACAGUAAAUAACAAGCACUUUGUCCUAAAAUUUCUGCCCUUUUCUAUAAACCUACUAACAGAGUUAAGUAGGGAUUUUGUCGAGAUAGGUUUCACAAAUUUCUAAACCAGAGUUUUAUAUCUUAAGUUCCUAUGUAUUUCGACCAUACUAUUCUCAGCCUAUUUUUUAUACAACAGUACAAUAUAUGGUUUUAUUCAAACCUGAACUGAAAUGUCGUAGUUCAUUUAUCUUCAAACAUUUAUAUCUAAUUUGGAUUAAAUUAAUUUUACUGCUAAAUUCACAAUUAAACUUAAUUGACAUUCAUAUCAUGAAUGAGUAUAGAGAAAUCUUUAUAUAUUUUGUGUUUUUCUUUUUGGAGUUAAUGUUUAUUGUUCACCUGUAUUGUAUAUUGCUAUUUUUAAACAUUGUUUCAUAUUUCUAUCAUCUUAUGUAUCAGUUUUUGUAUACUAUAAGAUGGUUAUAAUUUACGACUUGAUAUGCAAACUAUCAUGUGAUAAUAUUAUGUACAUAGUUUAUGUAUGUAUGCUUAUUUGCAUAUUUAUUAUUCUAAUAUUAUAUAUAUGUAGCGUAAGAUUAAAUUAAUUAAUGUUUUAUUUAAUCCUUAUACAAAUAUAGUUAGCAUCAUUAAUAAGCGUUUAUCUGACAUCGACAUAAAAUGAUCACGAAUUUAUUCAUUUCCUGAAAAUACCCCCAUAUCAGACGAAGUAUCGUAUAAUUGAACCUUUUAUCAUAAUAAAAUCAUUUUUGUAAAUCCACUUACUCUCUAAUUUUACAUAAUACUACUUAUUUUCGAAAUAUUCUUGUUUCAUUAUUUUUUCACUCAAAAGAUGUUGAGUACAAUGAAUUAUUUUGAACAAUUCAAAUCUUAAGUUAACUGAUUAAUUACUUGCUUAUUGAUGGUUUUCUUCAAAUAUAAAAGGAAAAGUAUUUCAGUCUAUGUUAAAGUCAUCAUAAAAACUAAGAAAGAUUGUUUUUAUUUUUUAUAGAAAUGUUUGUAUCACAUGAAUAUGAAGUUCAUGUUAUUAUGACAAAGAUUACGUCGGUGUUUACUCACCAUGUGAUACAUUUUAAAAUCAGUGAUUUCUAAACUUUGUAUUACAUAAUAAUCACGAAUACAAAUACUAUACUAUACUAGGACUAAACUUGGCAGUCAUUACUAAUAAAAAAAUGUAACUCUCAAUCAGACUAGAGUUUAAAAUGCAAAAUUUUUCAUUAGUUCUUUGUUAUUGAUAGUUGUAAUGUAUAAUACCAAUGUUACAUCGAUUAGUUGAGAUCUGAAUUGUUGCUUAAUGAAAUAUAUUAGAACACUGGUGCAUAAAUAUAAAUUCAUAGGAAGAAGGGAUAUCCUACAUUUUCUGACUCUGAAACUUAUCCAAUGUCGAUUAUGAAUAAGGUUACGUCAAUGUAUAAAAUGUCGAAUUAGGAAGUCAGUUUGCAGGCCCAUUAUUUCUAUCGGAAGAUCCUAAAUAGUUCCCUAAACAUCAAAGCAAAAAGGAUUAAAAUACCUACUACCAGUUUUCUGCAGGAAUUUCAAAAGAUAACUUCAUUCACUGUAUGGUCUGUAUCUACUUUUCAAGUCAGUCAAGAUUAAUAUAAAGUUUGAUGUGUGAACACUCACUGAAGGUAAACGCAUUUAAUUGGAUAAAUAUUCUAACUGAAAAGACCCAUUUAGAAUUCUCUCCGACGUCCAAAACUACUUAUCAAAUGAAUUAUGGAUGCACUGAAUAAUCAGUAGAUUAUAUAAAACUACUUUUAUGUUAAAUUGCCUUUUUAUCGAGAAAUCCUCGAUUUUAAAGGCCUAUUUACUGAGUGGGCAAUAAGGAACAUAGUCUUAAGUUAAUUCACUUGACAGAUACUUCGGUACAAUCUUAAUAUGAAUGGUAAUGUUAAUAUCCGGUUGCCCCAAACAAAGUGGGUGGCGCAAGGUUCGAACCUAGGGCUUAGUGGCUGAAAGUCAGACUCCAUGGGCACGAAGACAAUUUUAUACCCGUUACGUCAAGUGUUCUCUCUGGACUUGCUUAACAUACUAGAAAGUUUAUGAUAAUCUAUAGGUCCACGUAAAAUUGUUCUUGAAGUAUAACUAAACUUCUCAAAGUCCUUGGUCUUCCUUUCAAGUUAGGGCAUGCCUCGUAGUAAAGUUUUGUGAUUUCCUCAAUGUGGGUCCUAUCCAAUUCCAACGCCUUUUCCUACUUUACUCUUCAGCUAGAAGUCGAUUUGCUCUCUUUCACAGUAGGAUGCUGCUGGUGGUAUCCUGACAACAGACAUUGAGCAUCUUUCGUAGAAAAUUGUUUACAAAUACUGGGUAUUCGGCCUGUGCCUUGGCUUCCGCUGCUCUUGUUCAACUGUUAUUAAUUUCUGCCUACUUGUUCUUUUCUCGAAUCCUGUCCAGGUUUUUGAUAGAGAUCCGUUCCUUAUGAUGGUCGUUCUUGUGGCCCAACACCUGGUACUUUGAAAUUGGUGCUGCUUUUAUCCCUUUCCAGGAUGAUCAGGUCCUUUCCUAGGCACUUUACGUUCGACUGCAGCCUCUCAUAAAACUGGUCUUUAUCAUCAUCUUCGCUAUCAUAGGUGGGUGCGUAGCACUGGAUAAUCAUUAUUGUCCCCUCCCUUUUUGUUCUAAAAGAUGCUUUCAUGAUUCAGGAACGAUGAGAUAUCCAUCCUUUAAGCGCACUUCGUGUUUCUUUGAAUAUUAUCGGUGCAACUCCCUGUGUGUGCGAAGCAUUUUAUACCCAAUGAACAGAGUGAAACAGCGUCUUUUCUGUCCAGUUUAGGUCCAAUUUACUUAUUCUGAGAACCGUCAAAUUGUAUCUCCUAAUUCUCGUAACUAUUCGACUGAUCCUCCCUUUCCCUUUGUGCGGACAUUCUGUGCCCCUAUAUUAACUGUUGCUUUGGUUAUCUGAAGAGUCAUUGGCCUCGUGAUUUCCGAAAAAUCUCGGCUUUCACUAUGAGGGGUUAUAAUUCUAAUUGAAGAUCUCUCAGGGCGGAGUUUAAAUGGUUUGAAUUUUUUACUGGUUAGCGUUUCUUAGAAAUGUACUCUACCAGAUGAGGUUGCUGACCCCAUGCUCAACCCUCUCUCUUUAUUUGGGCUUGGCACGGGCGGUAACCGUAGAAGGUCAACAGGUGGAGAAAAGUUGCCAGCCACUAAUCUAAAAAUUUAAUAAGGCAUGUAAUUGCUAUUAAUGAAAGUUAAAUCAAGUGAAAUUCAGAAAACAUGUUCGACCACUUAAUGACCUCAUUUUUUUAAAAUGAAACUAAAUAGCAAUAGUACCUAGUGUUAAAGUAUCAUCUUACAAUGUCCGAAUAAAAUAAACAAAACUCAGGCGAAAUUCGAUAAAUAUCCUAUUGAUACUUAAUAUGCUUUCCAGUGUUAGCAAUUAAUUCAACAAAAAUAUUUACGAAAACAGAAUACUCAUGAUUUUCUCUGACAAUCAUAGUAUGUUUUCAUUUGUUAUAAAUAAGUAUAAAUUAUUCUUUUACAAGGGAAAUAAGUGAGACGUAAAUAGGAUUUUUUUUCAGCAAAAUAUAAUAUCAAAUAUAGUUGGGCCACGUGUUGCGUAUGCCUGAACACCGAUUACCACGACACGCAAUGCUGACUAGUAUAAGGGAUGGUUGGAAGAAAGUUAGGGGCGGCCAAACCAAAACGUGGCAUCAGUCCACAAAUUCACUAACUUCUGGCAGAUGCAGACUACUCGGUUGAGGUCCGCGUGACUAACCAAUAGUUGAAGACUGGGUGACAUGGCUCAGAAUCUAUCACAAUGGCGUCGGUGUAUACACUCAUCGCCUGGUCCUACUUUGACUGACUGAAAUAUUUUUAGAAACUCGGUACAGUAAAUAGAUGUACAAAUAUAGCGAUUCAAGUUGAAACAGAGCACAGUCUUGGAUUAUGUAGUUAAAUAAAAUUCCUUUUGAGAUUAGAUGGCGGUCGGAGGUAGUCGACAGGAAACCCUGGACCCGGGUUUCGUGCUAUUUGGUACUCGUCAGCAUGGUGUACCUGUAAUCUUGAGGGAACUGGCGGGUUCGAUCACGUGUCACCCAGCUUCACAGUCAGAGACGUUACCACUGAGCUAUCCGGGCCGCGACUGAUCUCCUGUAGGACUGAGAUGUAAUUCAUUUUAAUACAAAUAAACUUACCAAAGUAUUAGAAUUAAGCCUUAUAACGACUAAUUUACAUCCUUAAGUAAUUUAAAUAAAGAUAUUUCUUACUAAAAUUUCUAAUAGUUUUAUCCUGUAUAUUAUCCUUUAAUUAUGAAACAUACUACUUGAAAUGAAUUAGCAAACGAAUACUAAGUACGGUAAAAUCACACUAUUAUGACUUCAAAAUGGCAUACAUAGUUUACGAUACUUUGGAGAUAAUUCUAGGAAUGAAUAAAACCAUUUAUAAUAAAAUAUAUAGUUAUUUUGUGAUAGUUGAAUUCAGUCAAAUAAUUGGCAACAGUUUCCGUAUUUUUUCAUUACCUAUGGUAGAAACUAGAUCAUUCUUGGGUUUAUUACGAUGCAAGCAAAUUUCUAUGGCUUCUUUUGAUUAGUUUCAAAAUAGCUUAUUUAUAAGUCGAUACCGACUGAAAUUACAGCCUAAUCGCUCUCAUUUGAUUGUAAACUUAUUAUCAGUGAUUGCCUUGAAUCAAAAAUGGAUUGGAACUUUUCCAGAUUGUUGAGUGAAGGCCCAACUGAAUGAUCAUAUAUUUGCUUUUCAAAAUAUCUGAGAUUAUUUG